UGGUGCGAACGGCUUCUGAUUGGUGGAGGGAGGGUUUGUGUCGUGUACCCUCAAAUAUCCAAUCACAACAUCUUUAGUGAAGUUUAAUUAUUCAAAUCGCGGGACAGCCAAUGAGAACGUUCCCUGCUCCAUCCCUCAUUAGCAUGGGACGACGGCGCUGCCUAUUUAAUGCGCGCUCCGAGUAACUGGUUCUUUCCAUGUUUGAAAUAUUGUGAGGAAAUGUUCGAGCAGCAGAAAACAGCUCCCAAGAAGGGCGCCAAGAAAACGUUGCUGAAACCUGCGGGAAAAAAACGGAAGAGGUCCAAGAAGCAGAGUUACUCCAUCUACAUCUACAAAGUGAUGAAGCAGGUUCAUCCUGACACCGGCAUCUCUUCCAAGGCAAUGAGCAUUAUGAGCUCAUUCAUCAAUGAUAUUUUUGAACGCAUCGCGGGCGAGGCGUCCCGCCUGUCCCAUUACAGCAAACGAUCCACCAUCAGCUCCCGGGAGAUCCAGACCGCCGUCCGCCUGCUUCUGCCCGGGGAGCUGGCCAAACACGCUGUGUCAGAAGGGACAAAGGCGGUGACCAAAUACACCAGUUCUAAAUAAAGACCCAGAGAGCGCAGACAAAACACCGAAAACCCAACGGUUCUUUUCAGAACCACCUACAUCUUCGGUAAAGCUUACUAAUAUGACAAAUAAUUUUAACACCGAUUUUGCUCUCACGAUCUCUGCUUCAGAAUUGAAAAUUUGAAUUUUUUCAAAAUCUUUAGAUUCUGGAGUAGUUCCUGAGGAUUGGAGGGUAGCUAAUGUAACCUCACUUUUAAAAAAGGGAGGGAGAGAGAAAACGGGGAUUACAGACCAGUUCGUUUAACAUCGGUAGUGGGGGAACUGCUAGAGUCAGUUAUUAAAGAUGGGAUAGCAGCACAUUUGGAAAGUGGUGAAUUCAUUGGACAAAGUCAGCAUGGAUUUAUGAAAGGUAAAUCAUGUCUGACGAAUCUUAUAGAAUUUUUCGAGGAUGUAACUAGUAUAGUGGAUAAGGGAGAA